AUGUUGGACGAAUUUUUGGACGAACUAAGAAGCCCAAUGGUGUUCGUUUAUGUGUCUGUGUUACUAACUUGGUGCAUGGCUAGUAGCUCACAGUUAGGUGAUUCUGUUGAGUUAGAAUUCAAGGCUUAUCGUUUGCAGCAAUAUGAUAUUGUUGGUACCCCUCAUGGUAGUCGUUCUUGGCAAGUAGUAUAUGAAGCCGUAUCAUUGGAUAGUAAUGUUCUUAGGCGUUGUUUGGUUGUAAACUGGCGCGAUUUAUUAGGUCGCGAUUUGCAAGCUUUGUUUAAACAGGCAUUUGGUGCAGCCCUUAUUGUGUUGCCAGCCGACUUAGAUACGUUGACACCUUCAACAAAGACGAAAUUGGCUUCAUUGGAAAAAAGUCUUCUCUAUUUAAAUACUGAUAUAGCCGUAUAUGUAGUACAACAACAACCGGAGUUGCAGGCCCUCAUCGCAGAAGUAACGGCAUUUUCGAAAAGGUCUCCGACUGCCGUCCAGCAGCUGCUGAAUGCAAUAAGUGCAAAUAUCUUCCAGUUUUCAUCAUCAGCAUCAGUUUCUAAUAAUAUUGUGGUACCAAAAUCAGCUAAUGUUAUAGGGCACCUUUGGUCAAGAGAUCGAAAUUCGCCAAUAAUUGUUGUAGCUGCACACUAUGACAGCCAUUCAGCAGUACCAGGAUUGGCAAUUGGUGCGGAUGCUAAUGGAAGUGGUGUAGCGGCACUACUCGAAUUAUUGGCUAUCUUCUCACGCUUCUAUGGUUCUAACACAAUGAAACCUAAGUACAGUAUGGUGUUUUUGCUCACUGCUGGUGGAAAGUUCAAUUAUCAAGGUAGUCGCCAGUGGUUGGAGGAACAUAUUGAUAAACAAACCGAAACAAACGUCGAGCUUGUCUUAUGUCUUGAUUCCGUUGGUAAAGAUAGCAGCCUUAUAGCGCAUGUAUCGAAAAUGCCUACUGAAACGUCUCCUGUUGGACGUUUUUUUCUGUUGCUGAAAGAUGCUACACCUCCAAAUCGAAGUAUUGAAAUUGUAUCGAAGAAAAUCAAUCUGAACGCUGAUGUGCUUGCAUGGGAACAUGAAAGAUUUUCAAUUCAGCGUUUGCCCGCUCUCACGCUUUCACAUUUUAAAUCACAUGCUGAUUCUGGUCGAAGUUCAUUUCUGGACACACCGUCACAAGUCAAGAUGGAUGUUUUGGAAGCAAACGUACGAACUAUCGGUGAAGCUCUUUUGAUUUAUGUGUUAAAUUUGUCAAACACAAAAUGUGCGCAUAAAGAAAAUAUUUCGAGUUGUUCAAUUUUGGCACCAGGAGACGUUAACAGAAAACGAUUAUCGAACUGGUUACAUCAAUUUGGAAGUAAAUCUCGUUCUUUGGCUGCUAACAACGAAUGGCUUGUUGCUAAUCUCAGAGAUACUGUAGUUAGAUACACUUCCGGACAAACUGUCGUGGAACCAGUUUCCCUAGCAGACUUAUCACUUUAUGGUAUACUCGAAGAUCGCUUAAUGGCACACCGAGCGAAACCAGCUGUCUUUGAGCUUUUGUUAGCAUCUGUUAUAACGCUUUAUUUAUCAGCGUUAUAUUUUGUUGCGCCGGUGUUGCAGACAUCCGUUGAAGCCGUGCUCGUUAAGCUUAAAAAAUUAUGA